AUGGAGCUGGAACUUAGCCCAAACGAUAACGAACAGCCAUCAACAUCUGAAGCUCGUCAAAAACGCUCUCGUAUCCUCCUUUCAUGCGCACCCUGCCGCAACUCAAAACUCAAAUGCGACAGAGAGCAACCAUGCAGCCAUUGUGACAAAAAGGGUCGCGCUUCGCAAUGCACUUAUGCCCCCAAGCCUGAGAGGAAGCGGCCAGCCAAGGGCAUGUCUGCGAGGUUAAAGCGACUUGAAGGCAUGGUACGGGAGAUGAUGGACUCUGAAGGCACACUUCAGACAGAAGUACCCAUUGCAGUAAAUAGCUCACGAGUCACCAAUGGAGUUACUGGUCCUGAAGUGCAAGGCCAAGUGGUGAGAGGCGACAAGACGACAACGUAUGUUGGAGCAACACAUUGUAUGGCUAUGCUGGAAGAUAUUGAAGACUUGAAGAGUUAUUUUGACCAACCCGAUGAAACUGAGGAAGAUGAAAUUCUGGCAGACGAGAUCGACCCUACGGAACUCAUGUUGAAUACUAGAGCUGGCCCAAGAAAUCGAGACGAGUUGUUGGGCCGUCUACCAGAUCGCAAGGUACUAGAUAUUCUCCAUCGACCGACUUUCACCAGGCAGUAUGCGAAGUUCUGGCAAGACCCCGAGGGAACUUCUCUACACUGGAUAGCUCAGUUGUUCAUGAUGCUCAGUCUCGGUGUCUUCUUUAGUAAAUUCAUCAACUCAAGUGAGCUUGAGGGCGACUCUCCCCUGCCAGCUCUGGACAGAGUUCGCCAUUACAAAGCCUGUGCUGGAUGGGCCUUGGUCUGGGGUAAAUACACACAGCCUUCAUCGGCAACUCUACCAGCUUUCCUGUUUUACGUCGAGUCGCACUUUUUAUUCAACCGUGCAGCUCAGAUGAAUUGCUACGUGCUCUCUGGUGUGUGUAUGCGCUUGAUGCUCAAGAUGGGCCUUCAUAGAGAUCCAAGCAAGUUGGCCAACAUUUCGCCCUUUGAAGGCGAGAUGAGACGGCGCAUGUGGAACAUGGCUAUUCAAGUCGAGUUUCUGGUUUCCUUCCAUAUGGGACUUCCUAGUAUGCUACAGGGCAUCGAAACGGACACCGCAGUGCCACGAAACUUGCAUGAUGAAGACUUUGAUGAAAACUCAACAGAACUGCCUGCGGGUAGGCCCUCGACAGAUUGGACGUCUGUGACAUACCCAAUCCAUAAGACACAGAUUCUUCGAGUCUUUGGACAAAUCGCACGGCAAGCUCAUGCCCUAACUCCGCCAAGCUAUGCCGAGGUCAUGACGCUUGACAAUCUACUGCAGGAAACCUGGCAACAGGUUCCAGCUUUCAUGAUGGUGCGUCCACUUGAUGAGUGUGUUGGAGAUCCACCAGUAUUACUCAUUCAAAGGUUUGGACUGACUGCCGUCUACAACAAAUGUCGCUGUGUCCUGCACCGGCGAUAUCUCGCAGAGACAGUACCGCAACGGGAACAUGACUACUCACGCAGACAAUGUCUGGAAGGAGCAUUGUCUUUACUGAACUAUCAGCAUAUAAUCUGGGAAGCUUCCAAACCAGGCCAUGUUCUAAGCCAACACGCCUGGUUUGUCUCAUCCCUUUCGGUUCAUGAUUUCCUACUAGCUGCUAUGGUGAUCUAUCUUGUGAUCAAGAACGAAAGCUGUUCAGAUAUCGGAUGUGACCACUCAGCACCUACGAAGGAUGAACUCAUCGACAUGAUGAAGCGGUCUCAUUUCAUCUGGUCUGAUGUCUCACAAAACGUGAUCGAGGUCAAAAAGACAGCAGACACGUUAGCGACGAUGUUGACCAAGCUCGGUGUUCCAGUUGGCCAAUCGACAAAUACUCAUAAACAAGCGAGGCCUAUAUUCGGCAUUGAGCACAAAUCAUCGUCACUAGGCGCUCCCUCGGUAGAUCCCAGCACCAUGGGGUCGAUCGGAGCGGACCCAGGACUUUUAUCAACUCUGGGCCUGAGCACUUCGACGGGAUCUACAUCAGAACAGACGCCCCUGAAUCUGGGUCUGACAGGAGAUGCAGGAACUAUCAUGAGUUUUCCGAAUAUGGGGACGGAGGGGCUCGACUUCGAUCCGGCUUGGAUGGAUACCGCAGCUAGCAACAUGGAUUGGCGCUAUCUGGACAUAUCACUUGCUCACAGUCACGAUGCUGGACGAAACGAGGAUACCGGCCAGACAUGGAUAGAGAGGGCGCCGCCUUUGGAGGAGAUGGACAUCAUGGGAUCAGGAAAUUGGGUUCCCAGCCACCCCGGUUCCAGCUGA